UCAGACCUGACGUGCAAUCAGGGAAGCAGAGAACCGCACUGAGCAACAACACCACACGCCCCCUCCCCGUUAUGUCUGCAACACAUUUCAACAGGGGCCCAGCCUACGGCAUGUCAGCUGAGGUCAAGAGCAAGCUAGCACAGAAAUAUGAUCCCCAGCGGGAACUUGAACUGCGACAAUGGAUUGAGGAAGCAACAGGGAAGCGUAUUGGAGACAACUUCAUGGAAAGUCUGAAAGAUGGAGUCAUCCUGUGCGAACUUAUCAACAAACUCCAACCUGGAUCUGUAAGGAAAGUGAAUGAGUCCACCCAGAACUGGCAUCAGCUGGAAAACAUUGGCAACUUUAUUAAGGCUAUCACAAGAUAUGGAGUGAAACCCCAUGACAUUUUUGAAGCAAAUGAUCUCUUUGAAAAUACAAACCAUACCCAGGUCCAGUCAACCCUGAUUGCUUUAGCUAGCAUGGCAAAGACAAAAGGCAACAGGGUGAAUGUUGGAGUGAAAUAUGCCGAAAAACAACAGCGAAAAUUCCUGCCUGAAAAGCUGAAAGAAGGAAGGAACAUCAUUGGACUGCAGAUGGGCACGAACAAGUUUGCCAGUCAGCAAGGUAUGACAGCAUAUGGCACACGUCGACACCUCUAUGAUCCAAAGUUGGGUGCAGACCAACCUCUAGAUCAGGCCACAAUCAGUCUACAAAUGGGAACCAACAAGGGGGCUAGCCAGGCGGGCAUGACAGCUCCUGGAACCAAGAGACAAAUCUUUGAGCCCACCCUUGGCAUGGAGCACUGCGACACCCAGAAUAUCUCCCUGCAAAUGGGCAGCAACAAAGGAGCCUCACAGCAAGGCAUGACUGUGUAUGGGCUGCCGCGACAAGUCUAUGACUCCAAAUAUUGUCUCACGCCCUCCUAUCCUUUAAUUGGAGAUGAUGAAGACCAAUAUAACCACAGCCAUCAUAACUUCUACAACUCUGAAUAGCCAUCAGUUGUGGGACAGAUAUAAAAUACAGACACCAGCACUGCAAGGCGCUUCCUAAAAGAUCCAUCAUCAUGUGUUUAUUAUAACCCAGGAAUAUAAGAAGAUUCAGACAGUUCCCUAAAUUGCUAACCAGCUCACUAAAGACUCCUUAAUACAUGCCCGAACCAGGUUUCCCGUCACUGAGUAUUAAAGCUUCACCUUGAUAUCUUUCACGCUUUGACUUAUCAACUACUGUCACUGCUUUUGAGCAUGCACUAAUAUGGCUCAAAACUCUCAGGAUGAAAGAUCAAAUAAUAAAACCAGUAGGUUGAGAGAAGUAGAAACAAAAGAAUGAGUCCUCUGAACUUGGCUUCUCAAUUGACUUAUCUUCUCAAAAAGCCCUGGCAGCUGCCAAUCAUUUCCCAGUGCCAGCUGAUGCUAAUGUUUUGGAUCAAUGCAGAGGCAGGCAAUGAAGGUACAACCUGUAAAGUUGUUAGCUGCUGCACUCUAUUUUGUAUUCAUUAAUUACACAAAUUGCUUCAGGGCAAGCCACAUUUUCUGACCUGCUUAGAUAUAAAAUAGCAAGUCCUCCAUAUGUUAACUUUGCCAGAGGCUCCAAUCACUUCUGUUUCCUGAAACACACAAAGUUUGUGCAAGAGCAGUGGCAACCUGAGCUAGCCACUGACUUCAUGGAAAGCAAAAACUUAUGGUGGAAAAUGUUUAUGGGUGGAGAGUAAUUGCAGGAGUUGGACAUACCAACCAGACAACAUCACUAGGCCAGUGAUACACAUAAAUAUGCCUUAAGAUCAGUAGGUGGCUAAUAUCAGGUCAUUUGGAAAGUGUCAAGUCAUUUGGUGCAGAAAGGGGGAUGCAAAGUUAAACCAAGCACCCCUGCAAUUUCAGGCAGAAACUGUCUGGAUACUGAACAGCUACUUGCCCAAGAACACAAACUUUAUUGCAAAACCAAUGCUUUUUAAGUCUUUGUUUAGUCAUAUAAUGAGCAGGUACCUGCUUGUAUGGAUAGGAAUGUCUUGGCGAUAUACAACUGUUUCUUUGUAUUUGCCUUACUAACCUCUCAUUAGUCUACAGUAUCUUUGAUCUUAUUUGUUUCAGUCAUCCCCAUGUACAUAAUCUGCAGUAAAUAGUAGACAUUUGCGUAUUUGCAUACAAUCUAAGAAUUUAAAGGCAUGGAAAAUCAGGUAAAACUGAACAUAGGAACCAAAAUUAAUUUUAAAGCAUUCUUCUCCUGAUUUAUGUAAAUAAUCAUGUGCUUUGUAUAAAGAAAAAAUCAUCUACCAUAAAGACAAUACUGUGCAAUUCAAGUUAUAAGCCCAACAAGUAUACACUUCACACAGAAGUAGUUGCCUGUGCAUCUAGCUGUGUUCUGCCUUUCUUCCAGGAAUUCAAGGAAAGCAUCCUUUCCUCCAAUUUCUGCCAUGAUAACGUAGAUUGUGAAAUAGCCUGGGCUAAGAAAGAGAAAUUGGCUCAAAGUCGCCCAGAAUGAGCUUUUCUGGGUGUCUCUACUCCAAUACCUAGAACAUAACAUCACACUAGGUCUCGCUUUUUGCUUCCCAUGAAUCUUUAAUUAUGCAUAUUAAAA